AUGGAUCCUAAGAUUUUCCUAGCAGAAAAUGUGCUCAAUGAGCGGCGCAAUGUGACGUAUCGCUCCUUGAGCCGCGCUCUCAAAGUCCAUGCCAACCGCGCCAAACAGGUGCUCUAUGAAUUCCAUCGAAAUGAGAACGCAAAGAAACCGCAAAGUGUCCAUGCAACCUACGUCAUUUCUGGUGUUCAGAGCCCACAACCUGUGACUGCAACGGGCCCUGCGAACGAUGAAGAUGAGGUUAUGCAAAGUAGUCCUUACAUGCCGAGCUCCAUGCCGAAUCAGGAAUCAACCUCCGGAACCACGCGCAUCACAUCUGUCAUACUUGUCCGUGAGGAAGAUUUGAAUGAUGCGAAGACCACUUUCCGAUCGAUAUCGUCAAUUCAUGUCUACAGUAUUCAAUCCACGGUGCUUCAAGACCUGAAUGUGUUGAUAGAUGUGGCUCGGGAAGUUGCGACUGCUAGUGUACAGGAUGACCCACUGGAUUGUGGAAUGAAAUGGGGCAUGAUACAAAACCGUAACGUCAAGCGGAGAACCGGAGCGCGCCCACCACCAUCUGCACCAGCACCUAAGGCUGAGGCACCAGCGGCCAAGGUCAAGCUCGAACCAACCGUACCCGCCAAGCGACCACUGCAGAGUGAACCCUCCAUCAAAUCGGAAUCCACGGCGGAAGAAUCCAAGCCCCAACCUUCCUCGAACAAUAAUUCCCAAUCGUCUGUCAAAUCUACGGCCUCGGCUCCUAAGAAGGGUAGCCUCUUUAGCUCUUUCGCGAAAGCAAAGCCGAAGAAACCUACAGCACCCGCAGAGCCGGCCGCUAGUGUUACACCAGAUAGUGGGUCAGAAAUUCUGCAACACAAAGUUCCUAGCUUACAUUUUACAGUUGCCCUUGACGAUGCUUCAGAUGAAGAGCAGGAAGAGCUAUUCCCUGAUAGUGGUGACAAAGCCGAUAAAUCGGCUGCUGCGAUCCGCGAAAGCAAGAAAGAACGCGAGGAAAAGCUGAAACAGAUGAUGGAAACCGAUGAUGCCGAUGAUGAAGAGAUGCCGGAUGCCGAUGACGAACCGGAACCGGAACGAGAGCAGACACCCGAAGAGCAACUCCCGCCGUCCAAGCCUACGGAGCUAAAGGAAGAGGUCACAGUACGAGGGGGACGUCGGCGAGGCAAGCGACAAGUUAUGAAAAAACGCACGCUUAAAGACGAAGAGGGUUAUCUAGUGACUCGGGAAGAAGCGACCUGGGAAUCAUUCUCUGAGGAUGAGCCGGUGCCGAAGAAGAAACCUGCAGUCAAUGUGCCCAAAGCAAAGGGGGCUAAGCCAGGACAGGGAAACAUUAUGUCCCCAUGGCCUCCCCUCACCUUCCUCCGGAUCCCCAGCCCCGGAGAACUUGACAACAGAAACUCGCCUGUCAUGCCUAUUUCAACUUUCCUGACGGCCGGCCUUCUUGCCCUCCAGGUACAUGCCUUACCUGGUCGGGACACCCCUGCGAUACUUCGUCGCGCGUGUCCCGAUUACACGACCUAUGCCUCGACGCAGCAUGGUCCUUACAGUGGUGGUCCUCUGAAUCUCCCAUAUCAGCGCCCCGCAGAAGCCUGUCGCACUUUCUCGUCCGAUUCGGUUGAGAAGGUCAUCGAGGAUGUCACUUCGCGUUUGGUUGAUAAAGACCUCGCACAGAUCUUCCGCAACGCGUACCCGAACACGCUUGACACCACUAUUCGGUGGCACGUAAAUGGCAGCAGCUCCACUACGACUCGUCGAAACCUCGACAAACGAGAUACCUCGGAUUGGAGCGGCCUCCAGACCUUUAUCGUGACGGGCGAUAUCAAUGCGGAGUGGCUGCGUGACUCAACCAAUCAGGUCACCAAUUACCAGAAGCUAGCAGCGACGGACAAGGGUCUAUACGAUUUGAUUCUUGGCGCAAUUCGUACACAAGCCGAAUUUGUGAUUCGAUCGCCUUUCUGCGAAGCAUUCCAGGCACCUUCCGUAAGUGGCAUUGCGCCUGAGAACAACACCGAGGUCGACACCGUUCACCCGGGGUAUGACAAAUCGUUUGUCUAUGAGUGCAAGUACGAGCUUGAUUCCCUCGCUCACUUCCUUAAGAUGGGGAGAGAGUUUCAUGAGAAUACCGGUUCGACCGAGUUCUUGACGGAUCGAUGGUUCAAGGCGUUGCAGACUGUUCUCAGCGUGAUCGACGCGGAGUCUAAGCCAACCUUUAACUCGGACAACCAAUUUGUUCAGAACCAGUAUACCUUCCAGAGACUGACUACUCUUGGAACCGAGACACUGACCUUGUCGGGUGUCGGCAACCCGCUCAACAGUGGAACUGGCCUUAUUCGCAGCGCUUUCCGGCCUAGUGAUGAUGCUACCAUUCUUGGAUACUUCAUUCCUCCGAAUGCUAUGAUGUCUGUUGAGCUGCAAGGUAUUGCAAAGGUUCUUCAAGCAGCCGGAGGUCAUGACAGUUUAGCCUCUGAGCUACAAGACCGAGGCGAGAAGCUUGCAGCAGCAGUCCGCGAACACGGCAUUGUCACCAAUGGCAAAUAUGGCGAGGUUUACGCUUUCGAGGUUGAUGGCUAUGGAUCGCGGAUUAUCAUGGACGAUGCCAAUGUUCCAUCUUUGCUCUCUUUGCCAUACCUAGGCUUCUUGAACCAGACCGACGAAGUCUACCAAAAUACUCGCAAAAUGAUUACCGAUAAGCUCGGCAACCCGUACUACCUGGAAGGUCCUGCUUUCCAUGGUAUCGGCGGUCCCCACAUUGGACUUACAAAUGCCUGGCCCAUGUCUUUGCUCAUUCAGGCCCAAACCUCUGACAACGAUACUGAGAUCAUGGAGUGCAUCAACCUCGUUCGCAAUUCGAGCUUGCUUGGCCUCAUCCACGAGUCGAUAAAUGUUACUAACAUUAAGGAUUACACUCGGCCUUGGUUCUCAUGGGCUAACUCCGUGUUUGGACAGACUAUUCUUAAGGUUGCUGCCGAGAGGCCUUAUUUGAUCUUUGGCGAGGGCGCAGAGCCCUACAUCGUUUCUUAG